CUCCUUAAUUCCAGAUUGCUUUUCUCCUUGAUUAGUUUCCAUCCAUUGUCUCUGACUUUGCCUUCUGGUGCUUUGAAUAAUAAGUUGACCCCCUUCUUCUUUGUGACAGCCCCUCCAAUGCUUAGAUACAGAGUCUAUUAAUAACAAUUUUAUUAGGGGACAAUCAGCGGGUCACUUUGUGAUAGCCCCUCAAAUACUUAGACACGGUCUACCUUAAUAGCCACUUUAUUAGGGCACAAUCAGCCGCUCCCUUCAUCUGAUAGGCUCUUAGUCUCAAACAGUCACAAGGCAGCGAUUCUAUCCGAGGGAACCCAAUCUGAAGGUUUUCGCUCCUUUCGAAGCACCUGACCAGCGUCUUAUCCUCCACGCAGUCCUUAAGAGGGCCGGGGAAUGUAAAUGCGGGCGUGGGUGUCACUCGCCGCGGCGAAUUACGCAGGACCCCACCUACUUCAAGGUAAGAAUCAGGAUAUAUCUCAGUUAUCUGCGCUGUUCGCAACUCACCCCACCCAGGCGGUGGCAGCAGCAAGGCUCCGGCCGUCCCACAAGCUGGCACCGCGGGGUGGGCGUUCCGUACUAAAGACAGCGCACAGACUUGGGCCACGCUUCAGUUGCGAGAGCGCCGCCGAACGCGCGGGCCGAAGUAGUCAAAGCGGAAGCGCGGGUUUUCCUCAGUAGUCGCGGUGGUUUCGAUCGAAGCCCACGUAGAGCGCUUGAAGGGGGGGAGGGGUGUCCCCGCCACGUGCAGCCGGACUGAGCGGAGGGACCCUCGCUCUUUCUCACUCGCCGCUCUUCGGGACCGCCGCUGGUGGCGGCCAGCUGGGAAACGCUCCGCAUGCGCCGCUCGAGGAGGCGAGUGGGAGCAGAGAAGGGCUCCAAAUUCAAACGACGGUGGCAGCGAGGACACCGGAGGAGCAGCCCGAAGCCGAGCGGUCUAAGAGCAGCAGAGCAAUAACCGGGAGAAGAAAGAGGCGGCGGUGGGGAGGAAAGUAAAAACGGGAGUCUGGAGGGGGAGUAGGAGGAAAGCCGAGGCCGGGUGAAGAAAGGGAGCGCGCCAGCGAGGAUCCGUGGCAUUCUCUGCCGACGGAGCGGGGUUCGCCUUGCUCUCCAGCCGAGGCACCCCUGAGUCAUUUCCUCUCCCUUCCUCUGGAGCUGAGGCUACCUGCUGUGCACCGCCAUGGUAGAUAGGGGUCCUCUGUUGACGUCGGCGAUUAUUUUCUACCUGUCCAUCGGAGCAGCUAUCUUCGAAGUACUGGAGCAUCCUCAUUUGCAACAUGCGGCCGAGGGUUACAAGCAGAAAAAGUCGGAGCUCCUGAAAGAGUUUCCCUGUCUGAGCCAGGAGGGGCUAGAUAAGAUCCUGCAGGUGGUCUCAGAAGCUGCUGGGCAAGGAGUUUCAAUUGAUGCUAAUGAUACAUUUAAUUACUGGAACUGGCCUAAUGCUGUCAUCUUUGCUGCUACGGUGAUUACAACCAUUGGUUAUGGAAAUGUUGCUCCAAAAACUUCAGCUGGACGACUUUUCUGUAUCUUUUAUGGACUUUUUGGUGUUCCACUCUGCUUAACAUGGAUCAGUGCUUUGGGAAAAUUUUUUGGUGGUCGUGCCAAGAGGCUGGGCCAGUUCCUGACAAAGAGAGGAGUAAGCCUGAGAAAGGCACAAAUUACUUGCACAGCUAUCUUCAUCAUUUGGGGCAUUCUAGUUCACUUAGUUCUUCCUCCCUUGGUUUUUAUGGUGACUGAAAAAUGGGAUUACAUUGAAGGCCUCUACUUCUCAUUCAUCACCAUCACCACAAUAGGAUUUGGAGACUAUGUUGCUGGUGUGAAUCCAAAUAUGAACUAUCACUCCCUCUAUAGAUACUUUGUGGAGGUGUGGAUCUACCUAGGCCUUGCUUGGCUUUCACUGUUUGUCAAUUGGAAGGUCAGCAUGUUUGUAGAAGUUCACAAAGCAAUCAAGAAACGAAGGAAAAAAAGAAAAGAAUCCUUUGAAAAUCACUCUCCCACCAAAAAAGCUCUUCAGAUGUCUAACACAAAAGAUAUUAACAUAUUCAGUUUUCUUUCCAAAAAGGAAGACAGUUACAAUGAUCUCAUUAAGCAGAUUGGAAAGAAGGCUUUGAAAACAAGCAGUGACAAAAUUCUCAACUCAGAGCAAACCAAGCCAACCUUACAACAUACCAAUAAAGAUCUCAAAGUGAUGUAUACAAGGAACAAUAUGUUUGACUAUGACAAGGUUUCUCUUGGACUGCAGAACUAUCACGUGAUGAGGCAUUUGACUGACAAGCAUCUUGGAGAUAGCCCGGUUGAGGGCAAUGUGUUUGUAAAUCAGCUAGACCGGAUCAGUGAAGAAGAAGGGGAAGCAUGGGAUUCGCGGGAUUAUCGACCUUUGAUUUUUGAAAAUGCCAACAUAACAUUUGUAAAUGAGGAUGAGGAUGAAGAGGAUGACCUUUCAGAUGAUGAAGAAACUUCAAAGUCUUCAGUGGAUGACAAUCUUGCACAGGAGCCUCAAACCCCCGAGAAACUGGUGAAAUUUUCAUCCUCUGAUGAAUCUACUUUUACCGGUAAUGAGAUGGAGAUAUCAGUGCCUUACGAACAGCUUAUGAAUGACUAUAACACAGCAAAUACUGCCAAUGCUGCAACGUGAGAAAGGUGGGAGGGAGUUUCUUGCAAUCAUAUGAUGCAAAUUUUUAACAGAUAACGAUCUGAAUCAACAACCAUAAGUGAAGAAGAAGGAAUAUCCUAUGAGAUAUUUUCUGCUACUUCCUUCUAUUAGCUGACUGAAAAGGUGUGUUGCCUGGAUCUUGUCUAUUGAUGAAUUUUACUCACUAUGAAAUAAUUGUUCUAAAACCUUGAAGGUUCUCUAGGGAUUUGGUGGUUCUUGAAUUUAAGAGAGGAAAAGCCUAAACGUAUUGGGCCUGCCUGUUCUUCCUUCCUUCCUUCCUUCCUUCCUUCCUUCCUUCCUUCCUUCCUUCCUUCCUUCCUUCCUUCCUUUCUUUCUUUCUUUCUUUCUGAGUAAAGUUCUUAAGAUUGCAGUCAGACUGGUUUUGAGUUUAUUGCAGGCCAUGAUUGCAUUGGAUUACUGCACUAACUCUUCAGCUCUGAAGAAACAAUACAAAUCAUGCCACGGUUCAGAGGAGAAAUUAUUGAUUUGUCAUAAUCACCACAAAACUCUUUUCAUUCUCCUUUAAGGAAUGCUUGAACUGGAAGAGCAAAGUAUCCUGAAGGCCAGAGUUGAGAUACAUGGGUGGCUUGACUAGUUUCUGUCUAAGUUAAUAAAUAUAGCUCUGUUGAAUUAUGAGCUGAAGUUCAUGAACAAAUAUACUAACUUGAAACACAGGAUCAAUCUACUGGAAGUAUGGAUCUUGUAUGGACAAGAAGCUGAAUAUUUCCAAAUGUUCUCAGUGUUUAUGAAAAGCACAUAUAACUGAUUGAAAUAAGUAAAACAGAAUGGUGCAAGAAGAUACAUAGAGGACAUUUAAAAAUGAAGAAAAGCACAGUGACAAAUUUCUCUUUUGCAUCAGAAGUGCUCUUUCACCAUCCAUACUUUAUACUUGAAUGAACUUCAUUUAUAGGUCUAAGUGAAGUUUAAAGGAACUCUGCUUUUGAAUCAGUGUAUCUUAUUGAAUAGGUUGAAUAGCUGAAGUUCCAUUUGAAGGAUUUAAUAACUUUCUUCUUUGUUCUGUCAGUGGCUCCAUUUCUAUAAAGUUUUCCACUCCAUCCAGUACUUUUGAGUUGGUAAUAUUGGUAAUAUUGUCUUAUGAGCUGAAAUACCACCAGUAUUUCAGCUGGCUUUCUAAAUAAGAUAUUAGCUUAUUUUUAAUGAACUCCCUUAACACAAAAGAAGGAAUAUGAGAAGUAUUACAGAAGUAACAAAAUGUAAUUGUCACAUCAAAAUUUAUCCAUCUUUUUAUAUUGCUGUGAAACUGUCACAAUUAUUGGGAUUAUUUUUAAAGUAGAAAACUGCCUCUGAUUUUUAACUUUCUACUGAAAAACAAUUCUCAAUAAUAUUCUAGCAGUAUAAGUACUGUAGCUACUUGGAUGAUUUACACUCCAGUGUAAAUCUUUUAUGUUAUAGUUCGGUGGCUUUAGUCUAGAAAUGGAAUGAAAAUUAUGGCAAUUGAAAACUUGGGGAGAGGAUUUCGGAAUUGAAAAUGGUAAUAAGGCCAAGUGGAAUUUUGGGGUACUAAUUGUGAAUAAUAACAUUCAAAUCCACUCAAUUGCUGUAAUUUUGACUAUGUUGUGAGAGUGGAUGUAUUCUAUUAUCUUUAGAAACAUGUCUCUAACUAGAUGAACACUCCUGUUAGCAAACUCUUCUUGAACAGACAGUUUUAAAAUAUUUGUUGAAAAAAGUCCAUUCCUGUUUUGAAUUGUAUACAGUUUGUGCAUAAAUGUUUGUAGAAAUGUAAUUACUAAGGAACCCAACAGUUGUAUUUUCACACAGUUAUUUCAUUGAAGGUUCCAGUGUUACCCUUUGGAGGCUAUUCUUGUUACUCACUAAAACAUGGUAGCUAUUUUGACUAGAUGGUUCCUUGAAAAACAAGGUUGAUUUUUAUUGCUAUACAGUAAACCAUCUUUAUCAUCAAACAACUCAAAGACCCAGAGAUGCUGCCUUAAAUUUACAUUUCUAAUUGUGCGGUUCUUAGUAAUGAGUAUCACUUGUGUCAUGUGACAAAACUAUAUAUGGAGGUCCUGAAAGUAACUUUUUCAAGCUGAUGUAUUCUGGGAUAUAUUUCAUAAAUGAGUGGCUAAAAGUUUGCCUCUGCACUAAAGAAGCACACAGUAGUGUGUAAAAUGAAUGUUAUUAAAGUUUUACAACAUUUUAAAUACAGUACAGGAACAGAAAGGUGAGAAUGCACGAUAAGUGUAUGUUGCUGCUUUUAGGGUGACUGUUGUGUUGGAUUGUUUAGGUGCUGGAUUGCACAGGUAGACAGAUGUGAAAUGAUACAAGUUUGAAACAGCUUGCAUCUAGAAAUAAGGUCCUUUCUAAAAUUCAAGCUUGGUGCUGCUCUUCAGGUUUGAUGCACAGGGUAUUAAUACCUUCCUUUAAAAGUGCCCCAUAAAUCUAGGGAUUUGUCUAGCUGUUAAAUAAGCAUCAUGUUUUUAAAUUUAAAAUCAAGAUAAACUUGAUAGCUAGACUUUGAUUUGCUAUUUGGGGGAAGAUCUCAUUAGUGGAGAUUUAUUCCAAGUGCUUGGACCAUUGACAAGAGCCUUAAUUCUUAAUAAUUCCAUUUUGUGCCUUGCUACAGGUGAAAGGACAAAAUGUACUUACUCACUGUGACUAGCAAAAAGAUGUAUGAAAUGUUUUAUUAACUGCAUAAUGUCUUUAAUUGCCCUUUAUCUGAGUACAAUUUUCCAGCAGGCAUUACAUGGUGAUAACUUGGCCCUAUUAGAGAAUUGAUCUUUCUUACUGAUAGGAAAUAUUGUCUUCCAUGUUUUAAGAAAAGCUAGAUUUUUUGUUCUGAGUCUUUAUUUAUGGUUUUGGACAAAUAAAUUAAAGAUGAUGACAAAGGAGACAAUUUUUGUACUGAAUGUAGAAUUGGAUGAAGUAAUUAUUAAAAAAAAAUCAUUCAGAAAGAAGGUACCUAAUAGUAGUAUCUUUGAUUCUCUGGCUCCUUGACUACAUUUUAGAAAGAAUUUGCAUAAGAUGAAAUACCCUGGAAUGUAAGAUUUACAAAACACUACUGCAUUUUUAUUGGAGAGGGAGGAGUGUACAGUUUAACAGAGCUAACCAGAUCAGUUUUGGGCUCAUGUUAUGUAGCUGUUUACAGAAGACAUUUAAAAAAAAUGGUUGCUAACUAUCAAAAGCACCAGAGCAUCAAUAGUAUUCAUAUGUUUCAAUAUAAGAGGGAGGGGCUCUUCCUAGUUAUCUCUAUAAACUGUUGAUCGUGAAGCCCUAAUACUGCUUUCUCUGUUUUCCCCUAUAACCAAUAUUGUGAGUUGGAUCAGAAAUACCUAGAACCUAGCUAGGUAAACUUCACUGUGUUGUUGUUGGAAACUAAAAUUGUUUCAGAAGUUGAAGCAAUGAGAUGAGUUCUUCAUAUUACUCAGUAGAAUUUUCCCAUAACCACAAUUAAUUAAACCUGGUAGUAUUUCCUGGGGUUGUUUCCAAUAAUGAUAUGGCAAAAUGAUAAAGAAUGGAAACUACUCUUACUAUUGAUUUCCAAGUAUAUUUAAUACAAAACUGAUUCACAGUUUCCAUAACAGGUUUAUGUAAAGCACGCACUACUCAUACUUACUUUAAAAUGUGCCAUUGAAAGAACAGAGUAUAGUAUGCUGUUAAGCAAGAGUGAAACAUUUCGAAAAAGGUCCUCUUUCUUUGCAGAUAUGAUUAACUCCAUUGCUGGCAAUGGAUAUAUCAUAACAUAACAAAAACACAGCCCAUUCUUAUCGUUUUCUAUCCCUAAAUGUGGCCUGGUUUAUCACUUUCAUUUAUAGGAUGUUACCCUUUGCAUCUUUUUUAAUUGGAAAUAAAAAAACAAUUCAUAAAAAUUCCUAUUGAGACAUAAAUUUUGCCUACCAGUUUGACCUAUCUUUAUUUUUUACAUCUUCUGUGUUGCACUGAACUCCUAGAACUAAGGCAUCACUGUUUCAAAUAGUUCACAAAUUCUGUACAGUCUUGAACUCAUCUCUGUCACUCCAUCACAUAAAGAGACACAAGGGUUUUUUUGAUCUGUUCUUUUUUGCUACUUUGUCACUGGAAUCACUGUAUGUAAAUACUAGACUUUAUAAAAUGUAAUUUAUUUUAACAUUUUUUCAAUAAAAAUGAAGGUUUUUUUUUAAAAAAAAA